GCCCACCACUCUCUCGCUCGCUCGUCCUGUCCGAACGGUCCGAUCCGAUCUCGUCAGAUUCCUCCCAGAUUCAAACCGAUUGCGGCAGAGUUUGUUGGCCAGCCGCCUCCUAAUCCAACCCCCGACCCGAGCGCCGCGUACUAUUUCUUCCGCCUCCGUGUUGUAGCGGGACAUCGGCGGCCAUUAUUUGAUCCGCGGCAGGCGCAUCCAGAGCCCUGCGGCGUCUUCUACUCUAGAAUGGCCGGCGUCGGGUCGGCGGUGCGGCGGCUCUACCUCUCCGUCUACAACUGGGUCGUCUUCUACGGAUGGGCGCAGGUGCUGUACUACGCGGUGACGGCGCUGCUGGGGGCCGGCCAUGAGGGCGUCUACGCCGCCGUCGAGCGCCCGCUGCAGCUCGCGCAGACCGCCGCCGUCAUGGAGAUUCUUCAUGGGCUUGCAGGGUUGGUGAGGUCUCCGGUCACUGCAACCCUUCCACAAAUAGGAUCGAGGUUGUUUCUUACAUGGGGCAUCUUGUGGAGCUUUCCUGAGACACAAUCUCAUAUUCUCGUAACUUCUUUGGUAAUAAGCUGGUCCAUCACUGAGAUUAUUAGAUAUUCUUUCUUCGGUUUGAAGGAGACACUUGGAUUUGCACCUUCCUGGCUUUUAUGGCUCAGGUAUAGCACAUUUAUGAUAUUGUAUCCUACCGGCAUCCUUAGCGAGGUCGGUCUGAUUUACAUUGCUCUGCCUUACAUCAAGGUAUCCGAGAAAUACUUUGUUAAGAUGCCUAACAAAUGGAAUUUCUCCUUUGACUACUUUUAUACAUGUGCUAUCGCCAUCGGUGUCUAUGUUCCAGGUGGGCCGCACAUGUUCACUUAUAUGCUUGCCCAGAGGAAGAAGGCCAUGUCAAAGGCAAAGACUGCAUGAAGUUGCUGUGAGCCUUGUAGAUGGGGCAUGCAAUGCAAACCCUACUACAGUGUCAUGUUGUAGAGUAGUUGGUGUGAGAUCGGUAAUUCAAUACGGUGAAUUAGCCGACCUGUGUUGUAACAAUGAUGAUUGUUGGAUUUCCCAUGGUUGAAUUCAUCAUUGAUCAAAGUCUGCAUUGAGCCAAUGAUUAUGACCAAAGAAGUGGCAUAAUACCAUCAGAUAAAAGCAAUAUUCAUCUUCGGAAGUGCUCGUCCAUUAUGAGCCAAUGACUAGAUCUCAACUUAACAAGGAAAACUUUGUGGAGCAAAUGGUACACCGGUUAUUUCACAGGACAAGUGUUGUCUCUAAUCUAGCAUAUGUGCAUGUACAAUCUUAUUACAAGAUCCUUAAUUUUA